AAAAUAAUCUAUUUUGAUGUCUUAUCCAAAUCCAACCAAUGAACAAGCAGAUAUAAAUUGCAAUGCUACUACAACACUAUCCCACUCUAUCUUCUAUUAGUGUGUUUACCAAUUUUUGUUACAUCUCUUGCUUUUACAUUUUCUUGAAUUAGCCAUGGUGGCACAUUCACUCGUUCCUCUCUCACCGGCUGCUCACGCCGCCAGACUCUCCUCUCCAUCGCCGCGGUCACUGCCGCAGGCUCCUCCCGUCGUCCUUGCAGUUCCACCAAUUAAUCGCAGGACAAUUUUGGUGGGGCUAGGCGGUGCGCUAUGGAGUUGGAACGCUCUGGCCGCUAAGGAGGAGGCAAUGGCGGCAGCAAGACGGCCGCCUCCACCACCACCUAAGGAGAAGAAAGACCCGACCGUGACCGGAGUUCAGGCCAAGGUAUUGGCGAGUAAGAAGCGUAAAGAAGAAAUGAAGGCUUCCAUUGCUAAACUUAGAGAGAAAGGCAAACCUGUUGUUGAAGCAAAACCAUCCUCUUCUUCUUCAGAAUAGCAUCCGAGCAACAAUUUAAACCCUUUCCAUUAAUUCAUCUGUCUACCAAAUUCAUCCCUAUGAUGUUAAUUCACUACUAUAUUUCGGUUUAUUCUUAUGCUGAUUUUGUGGUAGUAAAUUCAAAAGCAUUCUAGCUUGUCAGAAAUCAUCACAAUUAGAUUACACAAUUUUUUGGUAGUUAUUAUGAAACUUUUCAAAACAAAACUCGGAAAUCAGAAUAAUUUAUAGCUGAAACAUAUUUUGAAGAAGACAAAAAGUAACUUAUAUUAUCAUCAAUUUACACUUACUUUUCCAAAUGAACUGUGUUGUCGGCUUUACGUUGGAAAUUAAAAUACAGAUUUU